AUGCAUGAUCUUUUUCUUAAAGUUAAAGAAGUGAAGGACAGAGAGGCCCUGAUUUACAGUAUUACUCAGACCGUUAAGGGUCUUGAAUCUGUUAAAACAGAAAAGAAAAGGGUAACGCUUGAAAUCCAAGAUCAGGAUCCGAUUACCAAGAAGGUUGACGUCAAACGUGCAUUGAGUAGAAGUCCAGGUUUCUCGUCACAGAUAAGAACAUUGAUGCUACUCGAAGCAAAUAAUAAUGGGCAGAAGUCGGGUGUUUUACGAGGGUGGAAAAAAAAGGCACCACUGUUGCGUGUGUCAGUGAAAAGAGAGAGGGAGGAUAACAAUAACAAUAGCCACAUAUAUGAUUGGGAGUUACGAGGAGGAGGCAUCCCCGUCCAAGUGUAUAGGGGCGCCGAGGACAACCUGUCCAACAGCUACGGACCGUUGCUCAGUGCUACCAGGAGACUGCUCGUGAGAAAUCAAAUGCAAUCGACUACAAUGCUGCUCCACCAGGACAACUGGAACAAAAGUUGCGGAUCCAACGAGGACCGUUACGAGUACGACGAGAAAAAGAGCCACCGGUGUAUUUGGAUGCUGACUGCUGUCCUGGCUUUCAUUGGCUUUUGCAAUUUGUUACUUAACAUGACGAUACUAAUAGUACUACGAGUCAGCCAGGGAAUGGAGUCACUUGAAGUUAUUCCCAACAAGAACCUCGUAAAAUUUUAUGGCAACACAGAUUUGGAUAAAAUUUGCUUGCAAAAGGGUACUUUCGAGGGCUUUGGAGAUGAGCCCAUUAAACUAAUAGGAGAUGCCGGUGGUGUUCAAAUGCAGACGAAUCAACGAUACAGCAACGCCUGGUCGGGUAUGCAGGUUUUAAAAGGCGGCGUAUCGGUUUCCAACGUCAAGUCGUUUCAAGUGAAAGAUCCUCGUAGCGGGUCUGCCGUGUUUUCGACUGAUUUUCCGAAUUUUGGGCUUCCUCAAGGCGUUGAGCAUAUUCAAGUUGACGUUACGCAAACGCACAGAAUUGUGGCACCGAAGAACAGCGACUUUUUAAUCGAAUCGGAAAACAAUAUUCAUCUUCACGGAGCUGAAGGCACAAGUUUCGACUCCAAGGACAUUAUUUGGACAGCUACCAAUGACAUUUUUUUACACAGUCGAAAUGGUGAUAUAGUCAUCGAUGCCAAGGACAGUAUUAAUCUUCCAAAAAUACCGAUAGCCCCAGCUGUUCUGCCUAGUCAAUCCCAUGAAAUGCAGGAACAGUACAAAGUUUGCGUUUGUAUGCCUAAUGGUAAGCUUUUCUUGGUGUCGACACACGGUGCGAAUUCCAAAGUUAAUUGCGCCAGAAUAUCGCGAUCCAUGGAAAACGAUCCGUGCAUGUCAUAAAAAAAAAAAAAAAAAACCAUAAAAUUGGUUGUCUCUUGGUUUGAAAAA